ACUUUAUUUAAAAGAGAGAAAAGUAAUCUUUUUUAGCAAAAAAAAAAGAAAAGAAAAGAAAGCAUAAAAUUUGGGAUACGGACAAUGGUGGACUAUGGACUUUCGGCCUUCUCUUAGCUAUAUGUUGGUCAUUUAUUCGACAAUCUGCUUGAAUUUGUCAACAAAUCGCUGCCUUCACUCGUAAGCUCAGAGCUCCCUCGAGGGUUCCAUUUUGAUUUUCGAUCCCUUUUUGAGAAGAACAUCCUUAAGGAGGGUUUCACUCCUCCACUUCCAUGUGCUGAAUUUUUGAACAAACAUACCAAAAUCUCACGAUCCUGAGUCAAUACAAUGGACGAUUUCAACGAUUUCAACUCCAAAUCAUACCCAGAUGGGAGAAUGCAGAUUCAAACCUACCAUGGAACCGAAUCAAGAACACCCAAUGGUUCUGGCGUAAUGGGUAUGCAAGAUUUUCGUUGUUACAGUGCUUCCUAUGCUUCUUCUGCAAAUCCAAGUCGAACCCAGAUGGGUAAUGAUUUGAAGCUCAAGAAAGGAAAAUCGACGAAUGGAUUUUCAUCCAAGAGUUGGAGUUUCAACGAUCCGGAGAUGCAGAGAAAGAGGAGAGUUGCUAGCUAUAAAGUUUAUACUGUGGAAGGCAAAGUUAAAGGGUCUCUAAGAAAAAGCUUCCGAUGGCUUAAGGAAAGAUGCUCUCGAGUCGUUUUUGGAUGGUAGCUUUUCUUCCACUCUUCGUUGUUUAAAUUAGCUUAUAGUUUCUGAAAUAUCUCAGAUUCUGCUUGUUGAUGUUAUGAAUGAUCUAUGAAAUUUGUUUGAAUGUGUAACUACUGUUGGAAGUAUAAAAUUCUUUCUUUUCCUCUUUUUCCAA